CUAGCACGUAGGCCUUGAACACGGCCAGACUUCCAGUAAACAAAAAGAAAAAACAGAUGUUUUUUAAUUUUUAUAUACAAAUUUUUUACAACCCCUUAAAAAUGUAAGCAAAUGUGAAUUUCACAACAUGGAUAUAUCGAAAAACAUAAAAUUCGCGGAUAUCUGCUCAAUGCUCGAUAAAGUGAAAAAUGCUAAAAAUCAAGCUUCAAAAGAAAAGAUACUGCGUCGCUAUUAUGAGUCAUUUCAAAAGUUUCGACAAAUAUUUCGCAAAGAACAAGGAGUUCCGCCUGAGUGUCCCGAGGAGGGUAGCUCCAGUUUUUUCAGCGUGCUAAGAUGCCUGAUACCACGGGACGACAUGUCGCGAAAAGCUUAUGGGUUGCAAAUAACAACGCUCGGUAACGUGUACAUCGAUGUGUUGCAACUUCCAAAGGAUUCCAAUGAUGUGCAGCGCUUACAAGCGCGCACCUAUAAUGGACCUCAAGGAGACUAUGCCGAUAUCGUCUAUGCAGUGCUGAUGCCUCGUUGUAGACAUGAACCUAGUGAACUAUCCCUGUAUGAAGUGCAUCAAAUGUUGGACACUAUUGCAGAGGACGAUCGACAAGACACAAAAAAGGUGCUAACUCGCUUGGCUGAAAUAGCUUCAGCUCAAGAGCAAAUGUGGUUUAUACGGCUUUUGUUAAAGAACAUGCAUCUCGGCAUCGGCGAGCAACGUAUUUUCGGGCUCAUGCAUCCGCAAGCCAGAGAUUUGAAUAGACGUUGCUCAAAUUUGAAACGGGUUUGUUGUUUGCUUGCAGACAAUAAAAUAAGCACCGAAUAUAUGUCAGCGCAAGAGGCUCCAGGCGAGCAGAACCGGAACGUCGGUACUUUUAAUCUGAACAAAAUUGUACAACCUUUUCAGCACAUACAAGCAAUGCUGUGUGAAAUAUUUCGAGGCAGUAUUGAACAAUUAAUGGCUGAGGACGUACUUUAUUUAGAAACAAAAAUGGAUGGCGAACGUUUUCAGUUGCACUGUGCUAACGAACGGUUCAAAUAUAUAUCGCGCAAUGGAAUUGAUUACACCCAUAGCUUCGGCGAAAAUUAUAAGAGCGGACCACUGACUCCUUUACUUGAAUCGCUCUUACCGGGAGACUUACAAUCCAUAAUACUCGACGGCGAAAUGAUGGUUUAUGAUAUGCAGCAAAAAUGUUAUCGUGACAAAGGGGAAAAUACGGAUGUGAAGCAUUUGGGCAAUAGAAAGAAUUGGCGACCUUGCUUUGUGGUCUACGAUGUGUUAUAUUUUAAUGGCAAUAGUUUUCUGGAGAUGCCAUACGCGCAGCGUUGUCAAAAGGUUGUCGAGCUUAUUCGGGGAGAAGAGCCUGGCAUAUUGCAAAUAAUGCGACCAAUUAAGAUAACCGAAGUAGAGCAGUUCCAGCAGCUCUUCCAGAAAGCUUUGGAUUCAAAACAGGAGGGAGUAGUUUUGAAGAAGCAAAAUUCCACCUAUAAACCGGGUAUGCGGGUUGGAGGUGGGUGGUACAAAAUAAAGGCAGAUUACAUUGCGGGCCUGACAACCGAAUUCGAUUUACUCGUUAUUGGUGGUUUUUACAAUCGAACGCGUACAUUUAUCCAAUCAUUUUUGCUAGGCGUUCUCAAGUACACUUCGGAUACCCAAUAUGCCGUAUACAGUGUUGGUAAAGUUGAUAACAGAACGCGUCAGAGUAAACGACUAAAUGAUGCACUAAAACAACAUUGGCAAGAUAGCAAAAUGGAACCGCCUCCCGAUUGGUAUCAUUAUAAAGCCACGAGCCCCGAAGGCAGACCUGAUGUGUGGAUUGAACCAAGCAAAUCGGUAAUAUUGCAAAUUAGAGCAACCGACUUGUCCCCUUCCUCAGCCUUUGCACUAGCUAAGUCUUUGCAUUUUCCGCGCAUAGAAAUGUGGCGCAACGACAAACUGUGGAAGGAGUCUCUUUCAAUUCACGAUUAUAUGGAAAUGAUUCAGGGAGAAAGGGGUAUAAAAAAAAUACACAAGCGAGAAGUUGAACUGGGAGAUUUAACAGGACCCCAAAAGAAACGCAAGUUAACGUUGGCCGAGCGCCGUAAAUUGGGCAUAUUAUCCUAUGAAAAGCGCUUCAAUCCAGAUGAGAUAGAGCAAUGUUCAAAUCUGUUUGAAGGAUUCUCAUUUUGCAUACUGAGCGCAAGUUUGAAAAACGGCUACACGCCAGAGGAUCUAAAAGCUAUUGUAGUCAGCAAUGGCGGUGAAGUAGUGGAGAAUCCUAUACAGGACCCUAAAUGCAUAUCAGUAGCGGGUGAUAAAACAUUUCGAGUUGAAACUUUAUGUAAGUCGCGUCGUUAUAAUAUUGCAAAAUUGAAAUGGUUAGUGGAUACUUGUAAGAGACAGGAAUUGCAAUUAACUCCAACCGAUAUGGUUUGCAUAACACAUGAGUUGGAAGCUGAAUUUUCACAAAUAUUUGAUAAAUAUGGCGAUCCAUUUACGGAAUGUACAGAUGUUGAACAGUUGAUGAAAGUGUUAGAUGGCAUACAAGAUGAAGAUCUUGUAACUAUGGAUUCUUCAAAAUCAAAGAUUGCUAAACUUGAAACGAUUUUGUACGACGACACUACGGACUUCUUUAGCAAUUGUUGUGGUACCUUUUAUAGUAUAGAUCAGAAUACACAAUUGGCAAAAUUAAUUUACCAGUAUUUGGGUGGCCAGUGUUUCGACGAUUUAAAUGACGAUAACAUUCAAACUAUUAAAUAUGUUUUCAUCAACUCUAAUUUGAUUGAUAAAACUAAAUUGAAGGCGUGGAUUUUAAAGCGUUUCAAGAAGCGCUUAGGAAAUUUGCAUGUUGUAAACAUUGCUUGGAUACUACAUUCACAUCGCGCUAAGAGGAAACUAGAUGUAUACGAAUAUAUGUGGAAGGAAUUUUAGUAAUACAUAUGUAUGUAAUUGUGAUUAAUUUUUUAUUUUUUCGUAUAUAUUUUUGUAAAUUGUAUGUUUUCUAUUGUAAUUUGUUUUGUUUAUGUAAUAUACUAUUAGGUAACAUAAAA